GUGCAGUACUUCAUUAUAAUAUUUACAAUGGUGGUCAAUCCAAGGACUUUUGGUUAACCGGAGUACACACAAAAGAGAGCGACCAGUUCUGAUUGAAAAUUAUGAGAUGAUUUAUUAAAGGUAGUAAAAAGGCCAAGGUAGCAACUACAAACUACCAGUUAGUUUACAAGGAGAGAGGUGAGCCGGCUGGGCCCCCUGUAAUCUGCCACUAGGUGCUUUUACAGAUGGAGGAACUACGGUAUACCACCUCAGGCCACCAUGAUUGGGCUAAGAGAAUGAAUUUUCGUGGCACUAAACAGGCAUCGAGAUGGAUAUUUAUCAUAUUAGUAUCUUGGGGACUCGUUUUUGGAGUUUAUCAUUUUAAUAUUAUAAACAACAUAUAUUUGCACUAUACCUACUAUCGCCAACGUGAGGUACUUUGGAAUGACAAUAGAAAUGCUGUUUCAGAUUUUAAACCGGAGAGGAAUCGUUCAUCAACUCUCCCACUGAAAAAUACUUUGACGAGUGGACUGAAAGGAAGUGACGUCAAGGCCGACCUCCUAUCCCCUCUUCAUAUGCAUAUUAAUCUGGAGGCAGCGUCAAUAGUUAGGUAAGUUUAUCAACCGAAAAUAUCCUUCCUCUAUAGUUUGUCCAAACAAUUUCAACUAAGAAAAAAAUUUAAAAAAACUAUAAACUAGGCCUAUAUAUGUU